AUGAGAUCCAUUUACGGUCAAGCUUCACAAGUUGUGGUUUGGCUCGGUGAAGGGUGGGAUGGGAGUGAUAUGGCACUAGAAUUUUUGGCCAGCCUGGCUGGCAAUGAAACUCUUCAUUUGGAUCCCUUGCUGGAGCCAAGUAUUUCUGUGAAUGGACUCUCUUUGAGUUCUGUCGAGCUUCGUGGCCACCUCGUCCGUUUAUUUGGGUUCCCUUGGUGGAAUCGCACAUGGACUGUUCGGGAACUCGUCCUCUCUCAAAGAUUGGUCUACCAAUGCAGCAAGAGCUCCAUUACUGGCGAAACAAUGUCCAUGGCCGUAGCAAAUUUCUGGAGUCACAGGACUCGGUGCUGCGCAGGUUGCACAAUAUGGGACUCGGAGCAAAUUUCAACUGAACUUGGGUUGACCGUGCACGAUGCCUUCACUCAACCAGCUCGUUUGGACUUCAUCACCAAGGCCAGAGGACCCUCAUAUAGCAUACUCGCUGCAAUAGCAACCUUUUGCGGACGAGAAGUUACUGAUCCACGGGACAAAGUGUAUGGCCUACUGGGCUUAGGAACUGGUGUAUAUACGGACCUUGUGGAACCGGAUUAUACGCUCUCGCCCGAAGAAGUAUGUCAGGCUGUUGUGAUCAAGUCAACCGAGCGAACAGGCACGCUCGAGUUUCUUAGCCAUUUGUUUGAACCCCGAAAUCCCAAACUCCCCUCAUAUAUCCCAAAUUGGACGGCUAAGGGUUUUGGGGGAGUUAUGCUCGAAAAUCGUUUGAGCGAUCUCAAACUGUUUAAUACGGCCUUGGAUAUAUUAACUGAUUUCAAGCUCAUCGCUUCUCGGGAAGCAAAGAUAUCGGGUACGAUAUUCGAUGUCAUUAUAACCACAAGCUUCCGGGCUUUACGGAGUGCGGAGAAUUAUAAUGCCGAGUUCUUUAAUGAUAUUCACCGACUUGCUCGUAUAGAGGACUCGUCUGAAGAGCAGUAUGGCAGCACUAAAUGUUCACGAUGGGUGGCAUUAUGGCACUCCUUGUGCGGGGGAAUCGAACCAGUUUUCCAGGACUCCAACAUUUAUAGUCGACGCCUAAAAGGCUCCACAGACCUUUCUAGGUACUUCAAAUGGAAAGAAUUUUCACGGCUAGUCCUGAAAGACAGGCGGAACUGUAGGAGCAUGAUAUGCCCACCAUUUGUGGGUUAAUCAAUACGGCAACUUAUAACAGGC